GUCGGGCACAGUGAGCUAGCGAGCUGUAUCUAUCCCGGUUUUUAAGCAGUGCUCGCACCCCAGCGCGGAGCGGCUCCUUCCCAGACCUGUCCCAGGUGAACCUAAUGGCCACAAAAAAGGGGAGUUCAUGGCAGCAUGACCAAGGAGGCCAAUUUGAGUCCAUAAUGUCUGUGGCUGCUGGCUGUCUGGUUCAGAAAGGUGUGGAAGCGCUAUUUGACGCAAUCACAUCUGAUGAUGAUGAUGAUGAUGAUCUUCCUCUGAAAGGUGCAGAAAAGAUACUCUGCAAAACCUUGUCUGUGGCUGCUGGCGGUCUGGCUCAGAAAGGUGUAGAAAUGAUAUUUGAAGAACUGAUAUCUAAGGAUGAUGAUGAUGAUCUUCCUCUGAAAGGUGCAGAAAAGAUACUCUGCAAAACCUUGUCUGUGGCUGCUGGCUGUCUGGCUCAGAAAGGUGUAGAAGCACUAUUCAAAGAGCUAACACUAAAGGAGGAAUCUCACCCUGGGCUUAGCUACAGGGACAAAAGCCAGAAGCCUUUCUGUGCAGAUGCCCAGGAUGCCAGGGUGCAGAGAUGUCCCAGCAGGGGGUUUUUCCCAGCACAAGCAGAAGGAGAGGAAACAAAAAACCAACCUGCAGAAGACCUAAGAAGAGACCUGUGGGAACCCAGAACAUAUCUCUGGCAGUCCAGGAUGGCCAGGACCCCUGCCAGGGAGCUCAGAAGCCCUGGCACAGAGCCCAAAAUGCCCCUGCGGUUUUGAUUAUGACCCGUGGAGCAAAUUACGGACCUUAUAUGAAGAUCAGCAUAUCUGAUCUUCAUAUAAGGUCCGUAAGCCACAACAGUUUAGGCAGAAUAAUAGUGAAGUUAUCAUGGGGUGGAAAAGUAGAUUUUGGGGUUUUUGGUUUGGGGGUUCAGGAGGCAAGAUGGAGGGAACUGGGUGUGUCCAGCCUUUCUCCUUGUUCUUCUUGGCCUCCAUCUUCUGCUGUGAUGGUGGCACUUACAGAUUGGUUUAGAGUAGAAGCUCACUGUCUAACAUAGGUGAUAGGUUUUGGAAAGUAAUUGUAAACAUUGUAUACGUAGUUUGUAGUAUAAAGACAUAACACCACCCCAGGGGCAGGCAGAGUGCCUGGACCUGUCCUGCUGAGCUGACCUUGGCAGGGCAGGAGAAAAUUUUUUAUAGAUAAGAUAAAAUAAACAACCUUGAG